CCGGAAGUGCGAAGUCGAGGGGAGCCACGUGGGUCGAGCUGGAGCUCAGCUCGCAUGGGGGAGUCUAUCCCGCUGGCCGCCCCGGUGCCGGUGGAACAGGCGGUGCUGGAGACGUUCUUCUCUCAUCUAGGGAUCUUCUCUUACGACAAGGCCAAGGACAAUGUGGAGAAGGAACGAGAAGCCAACAAGAGCGCCGGGGGCAGCUGGCUGUCGCUGCUGGCGGCCUUGGCGCACCUGGCCGCGGCCGAGAAGGUCUAUCACAGCCUCACCUACCUGGGGCAGAAACUAGGGGGCCAGUCUUUCUUCAGCAGGAAGGAUUCCAUCCGCACCAUCUAUACUUCCCUGCAUAAUGAGCUGAAGAAGGUGGUGACUGGCCGGAGUGCCCUGGGUGGGACUGCUCCCCACGUGGAAGAACUCCUUUCCCAUCUGUCAGAGCAGCUCUGCUUCUUUGUUCAGGCUCGGAUGGAGAUCGCAGACUUCUAUGAGAAGAUGUACACCCUCAGCACGCAGAAGUUCAUCAAUGCUGAAGAGCUCGUUGGCCUUUUGGACACUAUCCUCAAGAAAUACAGCUCCAGAUUUCACCAUCCAAUCCUCAGUCCUUUGGAAAGCGGUUUCCAGCUGGAGGUCGAUGUCCUGAGUCAUCUCCUGAAGGCCCAGGCCCAGGUCUCCGAGUGGAAGUUCCUGCCGUCUCUGGUUAACUUACACAGUGCUCACACCAAGCUGCAGACCUGGGGCCAGAUCUUUGAGAAGCAGCGGGAGACCAAGAAACAUCUGUUUGGAGGGCAGUCUCAGAAGGCCGUGCAGCCCCCACACCUUUUCCUUUGGCUGAUGAAACUCAAAAACAUGCUCCUUGCCAAAUUUAGCUUUUACUUUCACGAGGCACUGAGCCGACAGACGACUGCUUCAGAAAUGAAAACGUUGACUGCAAAAGCUAACCCGGACCUUUUUGGAAAGAUUUCCAGCUUCAUCAGGAAAUACGACGCUGCCAAUGUGUCCUUAAUUUUUGACAACCGAGGUUCUGAGAGCUUUCAAGGUCAUGGCUAUCACCACCCACAUUCCUACAGAGAGGCCCCUAAGGGCGUGGACCAGUAUCCAGCCGUGGUAUCUCUGCCCAGCGACAGGCCUGUCAUGCACUGGCCCAAUGUCAUCAUGAUCAUGACGGACCGCACUUCUGACCUGAACAGCUUGGAGAAAGUGGUCCACUUCUAUGAUGACAAAGUGCAGAGCACCUACUUCCUCACCCGCCCAGAACCCCACUUUACCAUUGUUGUCAUUUUUGAGUCAAAGAAAUCUGAGAGAGACUCCCACUUUAUUUCCUUCCUCAAUGAGCUCUCACUUGCCCUUAAGAACCCCAAAGUGUUUGCAAGUCUGAAACCUGGAUCCAAAGCUUCCUGUUACCGAUGCAAUUAUUGCAUGGCCUUUUGCCUGAAUUAUUCUAAGCUGCUUCUCCGGAGGAAAUGAGUCAGAAGAAAUAGACUUGAUGUGCACUUCUGCCUUUGGAGACUUCUCUUGAUAUCGUGUAAAUUCAUCAGACUUCAUUAAUGCAAGUAUUUUGACUUGUCUGCAUAUUUUUUUCAAUCCGCUUUUGGUAAUAAGGUCUGUUUCUGGGAUACUUUAAAUUAAAAACCAUAUGGUCUGUGCAAGAUACCAGUGCUAGAAAAUGGAGAGAGGCAAAUGAGUUCCCCAUUCUGUACCUGCUGUGCCUGGUGUCAGAGUCUGAGGGGAGGGUUCUGACUGAUGAUAUAACUCAGGGAAGGUCAUGAAAGGCAACUGCAUUGGUGUGCAUUCUGAAUGAGGCACUCAGACAUGCAGUGGCAGCGCAGGAAAUGUUGGAUGGCACUUGGCAUUGAUCUAGGAGAGGAAGAUAAUCAUUGGGACUUUUGCUAACCUUACCCCUAGGGGGGUGAAUUCUGCUUUUGCUGGUCCUAAAAACUGCAGAGUAAUUCUAGAAUCCAAUUAAAUUUGCAAAUCUGAUGCCUGAUUUCAUCUGAGAUUUAUAAUGGCUCAGCUGAUUGACCUUCUAGGUUAGGUUAGAUUGAUUUCACUUUUAGUGUGACAACAUGUAGCGGUGCAGGACACCCCUAACCCCACAAGGCCAUCCUGAUGUCAGUCACUCCAGACAAGGCCAGUGUUAGAGCAGUCCCCAAUGCAGAAGCAGAUAGAGGAUAUGAAUUACUUCUUUCUAAUAUUCAACAUUUAUUCAUUUAACAACUAUUAAACAUUGAGUAUGCCAAGGCUAGUCAUACAACAGCAAAAACCAACAUGGUGCCUGCAUGGUUGGUGCUUAUAGUGAGGUGAGCUGGCUCCCACCACCCCAGUGGUCAGGAGCUGAGAGGGCAGUAACCAAUAAGGCAACGGAUAGUCUUCAAGCUUGUUUUAUUUGCAUACCUCCCUACAAGUUUUGGAAAAUCAUAAUACUCUGAUGGAUUUUUAAAAAAGAUAUCUAAAAAUCAUUAUUUAUGUUUACAAAGCCUUAAAAGAUACAUUUUAUGUAUUGGAAAUAUUGCCAUUUAAGAUAAAAAUGUUAAUUGCUCUUUUAAAUAUAUCCAGUGAAAUUUUGGUAUAAUAGAUAUUUGAUAGCUACCAUUUUCUAUAUUUAAAAAUACCUUAACCAGUUUUGUAACAGUUGGAAAUAUUGUAUGACUCCUUUUGCUCCCUGAACUCCAUUCUAUUACUUCCACAGAAUUUUAUCCUAACAUGAAUUUGUUAUGUUCUUUGUUUUAUUUUUUGUUUGCUUAAAAGUCUUAUUGGUCACCCUAUUAAAUACUUCUCAGUAUAUUAUAUAUAUAAAUGUGCUUUGUGUUACCAUAGGCUCUAAGAGUUUAAUGACCAAAUGACACAUAUAUUCGAACUUUUAAUAAAUGGUAAACAUAAAAAGUUACAUUUAAUUUGAAAUAAUUUUUUGGAAAUAAUUUUUCAAUGAAAUGAAUAAGUAUAGUAUUUAUAAUGACUUGGGUAAAGAAAUUGCCUAAAUGUUCCUUUGUUUGUUGGACAGAGAUUUUUUUACACCCUGUAGUAAUACCCCAUAGUAAGAACUAUGAAAGGUUUGCCAUUUUACCCUACUUUCUGGCUAACAAAUUAGCCUGCCAUGGUUUCAUAGAUGCUAGCAGAAGACAUGAGACAGUUAUUACAGUAAUACCAGCAGCUGGGAUAUUCACCACUUUUGCCUCGAUUUCCUAAGCUCCAAGUCCCACAUUGGGCUUUGAGGCCCAAUGUGGAGGGGCUCAGAUGGAUACCUGCUCACAUGCAGCUCAGGAGAAGAAUUCUGACCUUAGGAAACUCAAAUUUUUUAUAAUGGUUCAUAAGCUCCAUUUGCUCCAGAGGGAGAUGUUAUUCUGGACAGUAAGUAUAUUGGUUUCCUAGAGCCCAUAACAAAGUACCUCAAAUUGGGUGGCUUAAAACAACAGAAAUGUAUUUGUCUCUCAGUUCUGCAGGCUUGAAGUCUGAAAUUAAGGUGUUGCAAGGGCCAUCUUUUCUCUGAAACCUGUAAAGGAAUCUUUCUUUGCCUUUUCUUAGCUUUAGGUAGUUUGCUUGUAAUCUUUGGUUUUCCCUAUUUUAAUCUCUGCCUUCAUCAUCACAUGGCAUUCUCUCCAUGUCUCUGUCUUCCCAAAGCUGUCUUUCUGUAAGGACACCAGUUAUAUUGGGCUAGGGACCCACCCUAGUCCACGACGACCUCAUCUUAACAUUACAUCUGCAGCAAACCUAUUUCUAAAUAAAGUAACAUUCUGAGAUACUGGUGGUUUUGACUUCAACAUAUCUUUUACGGGGUUGGAGGGGAGCAAUUCAACCCAUAACGGUUAACCUGUCUGCUCUUUGCACUAGAGACACCAUCUGUAGAGGGAAUACACUGUCUUCCAAAGGAUGCUCAGUAUAUAAAAUUCUUGAAUGAUAGUCCGGAACUAAGGGCAGUUAGUGCCUCACUCUCAAGACCUGCAGAACCUGAAAAACCCAUGGAAAAUUGUCUCCUAAUACACUAUGGUAAACAUAUGGGUGAGAGGUGAGUUUGUUUGUUUUGGGGUGGAGAAGGGCAGUUAUUAAAGGAGAAGUUAGGAAAAAGAAGCUUAGCCUAUUGCAGGCACCUUCACAGAGUGAUUCAUUUGGGGAAAGAGUUCAUAUAGAAGUUGAGGAAUCUAAAAUU